UUUGUAUUUCCUCAUUCACCAGCCCGUCCUUACACGGUGGCUUCUACUUGUAUAUUCACAGCAGCACUACCCAAAAAAUCAUCGCGGUCGCCGUAUAUUCCCUACGCACCUGCCCUAUUGACCAUUCGGCAACACCCACUAUUCGUCCGCCUUGCUUCCUGUCUAAUCGAAACGGCGCAGCAAUUGUACGCACGCCACUCUUCUGUGCUUAUCUCUAAAAAAAACUCUUACCCCAGACUGCGCUCCUCGACGAGAGUAUUCGACGCAGCUGUCUAUAAAUCACCCAAGGCUUCCUUCCAUCCAGACUAGCCGAGGUGCAAGGGCUUUGCCUAUUUCUGCAGAUCUACUGCUUUCAACAGCAACUACACCGACUAUUGUACCUUACAUACACCCCCGCUACAACCCACUCCACCAUGUCACUCAAUUCAGACAAGCAGACUAUCGACUUCCGCUACAGCAGCAGCAGCAGCACUGCGGCUCCAGACUCGGUGGACCAUCAUGCCGAGACACAGCCCGAGACCGAAACAGUGCUGAGCGUCACUGGCAUGACAUGCGCGUCGUGCGUCAACAGCAUUGAAGGGCACAUUGGCAGCUUUGACGGCGCCGCGACAGUGCGGCACUACACACACGCCUUGCCCGUCGCCGACCUCUGCACAGCCAUCGAGGACAUGGGUUAUGAUGCAGCCGUGCUGAGCACCAAGACACUGGCUCCUGUCAGCGAUGCCACGAAGGCUGACGCCAAGGCGAUCCUCGGCGAGAGCGCAGUCGAGUCGUGGUUCAAUGUCGAGGGCAUGACGUGCGGGUCGUGCGUGGCGACCAUCACAUCUCUGCUCAAUGACCUGCCGGGCGUGGAGGCUGCCGAUGUGCAGCUUCUCACAGCACAGGCGAUGGUCAAGCAUAUUCCGCGCGAGAUUGGCGUGCGCGAGAUUGCCGAUGCCCUGACGGAUGCCGGGUAUCCAGCAACGCCGCUGGACGGGGCAGACUCGAGCAGCGCAGCUGAUCCGUCGACAAUGGCCCUGCGGAACCUCGAGAAGCACCGGAGGCAGGCCAUGCUGCGCUUCCUGUGGUCGCUGGUGUUUGCCAUCCCCAUGCUCAUCAUCUCCAUGAUCAUUGACAUGGCGCUGCCGUCGUCGAACCCUGUGGCAAAGGCAUUCCACCGCAAGGUGUUCCAGAAGUACUCGGUCUCGGUCAUCUGCACCUUCUUCAUCGCCACAGCCACGCAGUUCACGCUCGGCCUGUUCUUCUACAAGCACGCAUACAAGUCGCUGCAGGGCGCUGGCGAGCAGUUCUUUGAAACCGCUGUGUUCCUGAUGACGUUUGUGUUCCUCGGCCGCUGGCUCGAGGCAAUCGCCAAGGGCCGCACUGUCGGCGCUGUCGAGGCCCUGGUGAAGAUGCAGCCCGACGACGCCCUGCUGGUCAAGCCCGGAGCCAAGGACGGUGCCGACGACUUUGCCACGAUCAGCUCGCGCCAGAUCCAGCUCGGCGACCUGCUGCAAGUCAACAACGGCAUGCGCGUGCCGUGCGAUGGUGUGAUCGUCCGCGGCAACACCGAGAUCGACGAGUCGCUGCUGACUGGCGAGUCGCUGCCGGUGGCCAAGGGCGAGGGGUCGGCAGUGACCGGCGGCACGCUGAACCUGUCGCAGUCGGUGCGGAUGCGCGCAACAGCCAUCAACGAGUCGUCGACACUGGCGCGGAUCGUCAAGCUGGUGCGGGACGCGCAGUCGAGCAAGCCGCAGAUCCAGGAGGUUGCCGACCGGGUGGCCAACCGGUUUGUGCCGCUGGUCGUCCUGGCGUCGGUGCUGGUGUUCUUUGUCUGGCUCAUCAUCGGUGCCACGGGGAAUAUCAAGGCCGACUGGCUGGCGUCGAAGCUCAUGGGCGGACUGGGCGGCAAGCUCUCGCACACCGACAGCAUGGGACAUAUGGACGAUGCACCGCCGAUGAAGUACCCGAUCUUUGCGCUCCUCAAUGCCAUCAGCGUGCUGGUCAUUGCGUGUCCGUGCGCGCUGGGACUGGCCGCGCCGACAGCGAUCAUGGUUGGCACGGGGCUGGCCGCUCGCAUGGGCAUUCUGGUCAAGGGCGGCGGCGCUACAAUGGAGGCUGCGAGCAAGAUCGACAUCGUCGCAUUCGACAAGACCGGCACCCUGACCAUUGGCAAGCCCGCAGUCUCGGACCACUUUAUCGAGCAGUCGCGCGCUGAGGCCAUUUCGGGCUGGCUCUAUGCACACAUUGUCGAGAUCGAGUCGCUGAGCAGCCAUCCGCUGGCCGCCGCCAUUUGUGCGUAUAUCCGCGAGCACACGCAGUCGGGCUCGGUGCGUGCGCAGCUGCUUGAGCACCAGGAGCUGCCUGGCCGCGGCAUGCAGGCGACUGUCGAACUCCCAGCAGAGAUUGCCCACGCGCUUGGCUGGACUGGAGUUACCACUGCCCAUCUGCUUGUUGGCAAGGAGGCGUGGGCCAAGGAGGAGGGCUGCCUGAUGGACGUCCCCAUGGACAUACGCGCGCAGUGGGACCUCCAGUGGCUACACAUCGGUUGCUGUUGCACUGGUGCCAAUUGGCCGCAGCAUGCGCGGCAAGGUCGUCGCAGCCUUUGCGCUGUCCGACCAGCACAGCUCGGUAUCGACCAUGUCAUGGCCGGCGUUCUGCCCGAUCAGAAGUCCGAGACCAUCCGCACGCUGCAGCGCCGUGGCAAGUCGGCCGAUGAUGCGAGCGAGAGCGACUUCAAGGAGGGGCAGUCUGUGAAGCCUACGUCGUCAGUUGCUGCUCGCCUGUUUGGUCGCCUGAGGGGACCACAGAAGCGCCCGUUUGCCAAGGUCGCCAUGGUCGGCGAUGGAAUCAACGACGCGCCGGCGCUGGCGCAGGCUGAUGUCGGAAUUGCUGUGGGGUCAGGCACGGCUGCUGCUAUGGAGACGGCGCCGGCGCUGCUGAUGCGGCCGACGCUGCUCUCGCUGCUGACACUGCUCGACCUGUCCCGCAUUGUGUUCCGCCGCGUCAAGCUCAACUUUGUGUGGGCGUCCAUGUACAAUGUCGUGUGCAUUCCGAUCGCAGCAGGCAUCCUGUACCCAGCCUAUCAACCGCGGACUGCCACCAGUUAUCGCUGGUCUCCUGAUGAUUGCCAGCAGCCUGACGGUCAUGAUGAGCAGCCUGUCGCUGAAGCUCUUCCGCGAACCAAAGUACAACUGAAAAUAUCUUUAUUAUUUAUCAUGCUAGUUCAAUGUAUUCCAUUGCUUUUUGCUUUUUGCUUUUUGCUUUGA